AUGCUCGAAUUCUUCACAAGAAGUGAUGUGCGCCAACGCCAUGAAGAGAUUCAUAAAACAAGCGCCUCGCUGGCAUCGGAUUCAUUGGCGCAGAUAAUCACUGCGUCGCCUGGAGUCCACUUGGCUGGACCAUCGCAGAUCGGUGCAGUUGAAGUUCCAAUUGUCACCUCACCAAUAGCACAACCACUCCCCGAUAGCUCAACAUAUUCACAUGAUGUCGGCCAGAAUCCAUCCGCUCACAGUCAUUAUGAUGCUCCCAGCACCCAUUGUGAGGAUGCAAUAAAUUCCUUUGAGAUGAAUACCGACAGCCUGCAUCUCCCUUGGGAAUCUACAGCAACAGAUAGCACAUAUGACGAUCAACUACUGCGAUGGAUGCAAGAGCCAUGUCUGUUCGAAGAUCUAUGUUUUGAUGAUGACAUUAUGUCUGUGCUCUUGGAAUCAGGGUCAAUGCCACCUUUCAAUGCUGCACCCAUCGUGACCGUGGAAUUAGAUCAGAACCCCAUGGCAAUAAUUUCUAGUAAUAUGAUCGCUGCCCCCAAUCUUGAUAACAGCCAAAACAUCAGUCGACCUUCAUCGCCUCCAAACGAAGCUUCCGAGGAAGACAAGUGGCCAUAUAGAUGGGACCCGGGAUCACGAGCCAUUACUGCCGCAAAGCCAAUCGAUAUAUCAGAAGGUCACCCAUUGAGACAGAACCAUGAUAUUGGCUUUGACAUAUCUGAGGCCCGUUAUGAAAGGGUGAAGGAAUUUCUUUUAGAGCCUGCACGUAGAGGCCUAGGCUUCCACUCCAUUCAAUUGCCAGACUUGGAAAUUGCGAACAUCUUCAUUCGACUGUUCUUCGUCCAUUUCGAGCCUCAAAUGCCAAUCAUUCAUCGCCCAUCUUUGUCCUCGUCUGAUGAUCUACCAGAUUCACUACUCGCUGCGAUGAUAGCGGUCGGAGCGAUCUAUAGCCGCGAAAGACAUACUUGUCGAUUCUCGAUUGUCUUACUUGACAUGGUAAGACUUAGUGCGCAGCUGGCUAUCGAGCUUAACAAUAGAUUUAUGCGUGAUCCCUUGUUUGUAUACGCCCUGGUGAUUCUUUGCUAUGCGGGCCUUUGGUGCGGCAAUAAGCGACUAUUUGAAUUAUCAGAAGUCCUGCGUGGCGCGGUCGUCACUUAUUGUCGCCAGAUCCACAACAAUGAACAUAUCUUAGCCAGGGAAGAAUUGAAAAGAUUUGGUCACACUCCAGAUGGAGAAUGGCGAAGAUGGAUUCUAAAAGAGUCAAGAAAGAGACUUUUGUGGACGGUCUACAGCCUUGACUCCUGCUUUCUCAGUGAGGUGUUCGUUUGGACUAUUGUCCGUUGUGCAAACCUUAGCAAGAUUGAGUCGUUGCGUGCGCGGCUGGAAGGCUUUGGGGUUUGCGAAGGGUUCUUUUCUGCAGUCAAGGAGGCUCUUGCUGGAGGUCCUGACCAACAAGGAAACUCCAGAAAGAACACCUCUGAGACAAACCAUGUUCUUUUCGCUGCUGCGGAUGUUAUUAGCAAGAUGACCCCCUGGAAUGCCUCGCUCAAUUUGGCUCUACUUCUUUGUCAUCGGGGGAGGGCAUCGACAGCGCGUGAUGAUCUGGAAAUCCGUAAUUGA